AGUCGCCUUGGCCCCAGGCCCGCCCCUCCCGCCGCCACCUGCCACGCGCCCCGCCGCAGCUGCCGCGAGGAUGUCGCCCGAGCCGCGGCGGGCGGCGCGCGGGGCCUUCGUGCUCGCGGCCGCGCUCGCCGCCUGGAGCUCGGCCCCCGCCGCCUUCACGGGCUCCGGCGCCGCGGCCCCCAGGGGCGCCCUCACUCAGAGGAACGGCUACCGCCUGGACUGGAUGCUCGAGAAGAAGGACGGGACCAGCGACCUCCAGACGCAGGACGGCUACUGGGUUGGCGAGGUCGGCUUCGAACGCUCCCAGGGCGCCCAGGGCCUCCGCUACCGCAUGCGGCCCACGAGGCAGGAGUUCCUGGAGGGCAAGGAGGUCGACAAUCUCAUGUACGCCAUCGGCCCCGUCAAGUUCAGGGUCGGGGAGGCCUUCGGCGGAACCGGCAACAACGAGGCCAAUCGCCAGCUGAAGAGGAAGCUCGUGGCGGAAGACCUCACCGAUCCUGCGAAGAUCGAGGAGAACAAAUACUGGAAGGCCCGUUACGGCUACGAGCGCUGGGACAUGGGCAACAUCGACCAGUCGACUGGCCUGGCCACCACGUGGUUCCGUGGCCUGGCCGCCUGGUCCGGCCUCGACCCCAAGAAGGAGGAGCGCGGCGUGACCUGGUUCGAGGCCGACUGGGGCAAGCCGUGGCUGAAGAAGUACGUGGGGACGAAGCUCCCGGGCUGGGUUUCCGCCGCACAGGUCGAGAAGGAGUUCGACACUGGCAAGCUGAACGGCAAGUACCUGACCCUGCCCAAGCCCAACGACAACGCCAAGGCCACCGGCAUCUACGGCCCUUCCGCCCAGCUCAAGUGACCCGCCCGCGGGCGCGGGCAGCCGAGGCGAAUGUGCCCAGCAGUGAGUCGGGGGCCAUGAACCGAAGAAGAACACAUUGCAUACGGUGUGGGCGUUGGCAAAUCGGCGGCGAGCGAGGGGGGAAACUUCGAGGUUCGACCUUCGAGGUUGUAGGUUUUCGGGCCAUUCUCUUAUUAUAUUGUUGUUGUUAUUAUUGAUGUUCCCGCCCUCGCUCCAGACCGCAGUUUUCGUCCGGGUGCACGCGCCGCUGCCGCAGCCAUCCCGGGAGCUCGGAGCGGUGGUGGCGGCGGCUGCUCGGCUGCCCGAUGCCAGAAGAAAAAAAAGCCCUAGGGGAAGCGGUCUGCACCUGCACCUCUGGGGGGGCCACGACGUGAGCCUCCACGGCGUCGCCCCCUGCCCUUUGCCUGGUACCGCUCGGGCGUGUGCGUUUCUGCUCCUCUCGGCGAGGGCCCUCGAGGAGCAUCUCGG